AAUAAUAACUAGACAUUUUGGGUGUGUUGCUUAGCGUUAGCCAGUAUUCAUUUAAAUUCAAUAGUAUUGUUAUUGUACUGCCAUUCAUUAGGAGCUAACUGCAUGAUAAGUUAGAAUGAGGUGAGCAGAUGCUGUCAGGAGCCAGGGCAUACAAUGUCGAUCCAGAACAUCUGGGGAAUACUCCAUAGAAAAUCACAUACCUAAGCUCUCCUUGUAGUUUUCUUCAGUGUAUUUAUGGCAUCAAAAUAGGUUUAACUUUCUAAAUAUGUAACUUUGUCUGGCACUAGUAACUUCUUAGGCUGUGAGUCUUGCGUUUCUCGAAGGUGCUGAAGUCCUCCCCCUGAAGUGGUGUGUGCCUCCUCUCACCCUUGGAAGCAGACUCAGCUCCACUCACUUGAUUAGCUGACCUGGAGCUUAUGUAAUUAGAAGAGACACCAGUCUCCCUCAUUUAAAAGCCUGUUAGCAUAUGACAGUCUCCUAUCAAGGGAAGGCAAUCCUCUCCACAGCUUCUUUCUGUAAUCUUUAAGUUACUUCAGAAUCCAGAUAAGCCUUGGACUGGGGAUGCGCUAACCACAGCAGGCACCAUGGGACCCUCUAGAGUAAUCAGAAAGAAGACUUCCAAAACCUGAUGUGAUGUCUCCUGCUGGAGACGGGGCGCGAGGUGCAGGGAAGGGGAGGUGGCCUGACCCAGGGCGAGGAUGACGAAAUGCUGAAGCGUGAGCUGGAGGAGAGACGCAACGGGCACCAUGGAAAAAUCCAAAGCCAAGCAAGGAGAGAAUGAACACAUGCCGGUGAAUAACCCUUCCACACAGAUUUACCAGCUGCAGGCCCUGGCCUCGGAACUGAAAACGGGCUUCACAGAAGCAAUGCAGGAGCUGACACGGAUCCAACAUGGAGAAUACGCUUUGGAAGAGAAGGUCAAGAGCUGCCGAUGUUCAAUGGAAGAGAAAGUCACGGAGAUGAAGAAUUCAUUAAACUACUUCAAGGAAGAGCUGAGCAAUGCAAUGUCCAUGAUUCAGGCCAUCACUUCCAAGCAAGAAGAAAUGCAGCAGAAAAUCGAACAGCUGCAGCAGGAGAAGAGAAGAGAAUCUCGAAAGGUCAAAGCCAAGAAAGCCCAAAAGGAAGAACAUGGCGCGCAGGCCGGGCCGGCAUCUGCGCCUGCGCCUGGGUCUGCGCCGACUCAAGGAAGCCCCUUCCGCUCCAUCAAUGUCCCUGAAGCCGGUCUCCCCAGUGACGACUUCACCAACAUGUUGCCUUCUCAGAACUAUGAAAAAGCCCAAGAGUCAAGAUCUGUUCAUGUAGGAGAUAGCAAUGUCAAGGGGAUGAUGGGUCCUGGAGUGAACCCAACAACUCCAGAAUCCGAUGAAAACCUUAAGCCUUCUCUCUCAGCCGAGAUCCAGUCCAAGGGCCAUCACACACCUGGCCUGUGGAGACAGCCUAAGGAAGGCAAAGAAUGGGGCGAGGAAUAUGUCACAAAAGACCACCCAGAUAAGCUGAAGGACGCUGGCCAGGGCAGACACAGCUCCCUGGAAAACGUUCUGUGUGAAACCUCUUUAGCUGCAAAAAGGCAAACUGUGGCUCUGGAACUGCUUGAAUCAGAACGGAAGUACGUCAUCAACAUCUCGCUGAUCCUGAAGAUAAAGGCCACCUUCCAGGGCUCCGAUGGAAAGAGGAACCCCAAGGAGAGAAGCCUCUUCCCUGGCUCCUUGCGCUACCUCGUCCAGCAGCACUUGGACUUGCUUCACGCGCUGCAGGAGAGGGUCCUGAAGUGGCCACGCCAAGGAGUCCUUGGAGACUUAUUCCUGAAGUUGACAAAUGAUGAGAAUAAUUUCUUGGAUUAUUAUGUCGCCUACCUGAGGGAUUUACCCGAAUGCAUCUCAUUGGUUCAUGUUGUGGUACUGAAGGAGGGUGAUGAAGAGAUUAAGUCGGAUAUCUACACUCUGUUUUUCCACAUAGUACAGCGUAUCCCCGAAUAUCUGAUACAUCUGCAGAAUGUUCUGAAGUUCACAGAGCAGGAGCACCCAGACUAUUACCUCCUACUUGUGUGUGUUCAGCGCCUCCGAGUGUUUAUCUCUCAUUAUACCCUGCUGUUUCAAUGCAAUGAAGAUUUGCUUAUUCAGAAACGGAAAAAACUCAAAAAGUCAUCUAUGGCAAAGCUGUACAAAGGGCUGGCUUCCCAGUGUGCCAAUGCUGGCCAAGAUGCUUCCCCCAAUGCAGGCCAGGAGGCUGUCCACGACAGUGGGGUCCACUCAGAAGAAAUGCUCCAACCCUAUCCUUCCUCUUCCAGUUCCGCCCCUGCUGUCUCACAUCUGAUGGCCCCGGCAAAGAAAGGCCAGCAGCAGCAGAGCCUCAUGGAGAGCAUGCAGCCCGGGAAGCCUGGAGACUGGGAGCUGGAGGGCAGGAAGCACGAGCGGCCCGAGAGCCUGCUGGCGCCGGCUCAGUUCUGCGCGGCCGAGCAGGACGUGAAGGCGCUCGCCGGGCCUCUGCAGGCCAUCCCGGAGAUGGACUUCGAGCCGUCUUCCGCCGAGCCGCUAGGCAACGUGGAGCGCUCGCUGCGCGGUCCGCCCGAGCUCCUGCCCGACGCGCGCGGCUUCGUGCCCGCCGGCUACGAGGAGUUCGAGUACGGCGGCGAGAUCUUCGCGCUGCCCGCGCCCUACGACGAGGAGCCCUUCCAGGCGCCGGCGCUCUUCGACAACUGCUCGCCUGCCUCCUCCGAGUCCAGCCUGGACAUCUGCUUCCUGCGGCCCGUCAGCUUCGCCAUGGAGGCCGAGAGGCCGGAGCACGCGCUGCAGCCGCUGCCCAAGAGCGCCACGUCGCCGGCGAGCAGCAGCGGCGCCUACAAGCUGGAGGCCGCGCAGGCGCAGGCGCACGGCAAGGCCAAGCCUCUGAGCCGCUCGCUCAAGGAGUUCCCGCGCACGCCGCCCGCCGAGGGCGUGGCCCCGCGCCUCUACAGCACGCGAAGCAGCAGCGGCGGCCGCGCGCCGCUCAAGGUCGAGCGCGCUCCCGCCCCGCACGGCCCCGCCGCCGCCGCUGCCGCCUCCCGCGGGGCGCCGCGGACCUUCUUCCCCCAACAGAGGUCCCAAAGCGAAAAACAGACCUAUUUGGAAGUAAGGAGGGAGAUGCACCUAGAGGAUGCCACUCGAUUCUGUCCAAAGGAAGAAAGAGAGAGUGAACAGACUUCUUUCAGCGAUCAAAAUCCCAGGCAAGACCAGAAAGGGGGCUUUCGCAGCUCAUUCCGCAAGCUCUUUAAAAAGAAUUACAGAGAUCCUCAGUUACAGACUAAAGUCUCAUCCAGAAGAAAAGAUUUUAAAACAGAAGGCUGUACAAGAUUUUAAAACACAGGGACUGGAGACAUCGCUCAGCGGUUAAGAACAUUGGCUGCUUUUCCAGAUGUCCUGAGUUCAAUUCCCAGCAACCACAUGGUAGCUCACAACCAUCUGUAAUGAGAUCUGAUUCCCUCCUCUGGCUUUCAUUAAGAAGACAGAGCAUUCAUAUACAUUAAAUAAAUAAACAAUAAAUAAAUAUUUUUUAAAAAGAAAUUGAUUUCUAGAUUUCAUUCUGUAAUUAACUGGUAAGAUUUCUAGCAACUCAAACAAUCCACAGGGGUCUUGGCUUCUGUUAUAAACUCAGGUGUAGACAGCUCCUGGCAUACAGGUGUGUAGCUCUGUCUAAGUUAUUGUUGUAACACUUGAGAAAUCAAGUUAGCCGAAGCCAAGCUGAACGUGAACUAAUCAAAUGUGAGUCAAUUUCUCUUCAAUUUUUAUUGUCUAAGUAACUUACAAUACUCUACAUGAUGUCGAAGUGCUAUAUUCACCACUAGUUAUCAGACUUCCUCAUGUAUUAUAUACAAUGUCUUUUACUAUAUAAUAAAAAAGCAUUAUUAAUUUUAGCUUUUGUUUCAGUGUAAGCCACAACCUCUACUGCAUGUUAACAAAAACACCCUAAUAACCAAUUAACCAGAUCAAAAAACCCCCUUUUUAUUUGGGGAGACUGAAUAAAAGAAAAACACAGACUAAUGUUUGUUUACAUCAGUUAAGCUGGCACUGCAUAUACACACUCCAGAGACAUGCACAUGAAAGUUCUUAAAAUCUUUUUUUAAAAGCUCGUAAAAUCAUCUAACAAGUGAUAGCUACAUAUGUUGUCAUUGUAGCUGGAGGAGACCUUACAAUACUCAUUUUAUAUCUUACAGAUCCAUGGGUGUCUAUCAAAAGCACACUCUAUACUGCCAUAGUAAGGCAAGAAUGGGCUUGACGGGAUAGUUAGUCUAGGUUAAAAAAAUAAUCGUAUACUGCAGGUUAAAGACAUCAAAGAACAGUGAGUAAAUUAAUAGCAGUAAUUUCACUUACUUCAAGCUCACAACUUAUAAAGUUGCUGGUGGACACCAGUUAUAUCAGUAACAUAUUUAUGAAAUAAAAUAUUUAAUUAAACUUCAGAACAAUGUAAAAAAACUUAGUUAUAACACAGACACUCUUGGUUUUAUUUUUCUUUAAUACUGGAGGAUUUAAUUUUUUUUCUUUUAAUUUUAAAAAGUAAAACAGGGGACUGGAGAGAUGGCUAAGUGAGUACUGACUGCUCUCCCAGAGGUCCUGAGUUUGAUUCCCAGCACCCACAUGGUGGCUCACAACCAUCUAUAACGGGAUUGAUGCCCUCUUCGAGCCUGUAUGAAAACAGCAACAGUGUACUCACAUACACAUAUACGUUUAAAUAAAAAAAGCAAAGCGGGAUCGGACAGAAGGCUCAGAGGUUAAGAUCACCAGCUGCUCUUCCAGAGGACCUGAGUGUAAAGCAAGUCCCAGGAAACCUGACGCCCUCUUCUGGACUCCACUAGCACUUUACACACAUGGUGCAUAGACACACAGAGAGACAAAAAGAAAUCUUAAAAAAAAGGUAAAGUAAUCUCAUUCAAUCUCAGUAAACUAGACUUCAUCAAAACGGUAUAAAGUUAGAAAUUUCAGUGUUAUUUUAAGACCAUAAAAAUGUUACUUUAUUUUGCGUAAGUUGACAGCAGUACAGUCCUUAGGUGUGCAUGGUGACAUCAUGACAAAGGUAGCUUUGCACACACGAGGGGUAAAGACUACUGGGCCACAUGACACCGAUCUACUGACGGGGUGUGUUCAAGUGUAGACGCACUCGAAAAGAGCAAAUCAAUAAAUAAAUCAGUUGUAGCUUGUAAAUGCUAAUUAUAAAUUAUUUUUGUCAAAUACAACAGCAAAGAAAAUUACAGAAAUGUUUUAGAAACAGAAUGUAAAUUUUAGAAUAUAGAAAUAAUUAAUACAUUUAAUUAAAAAAAAAAAAAAAGAGCAGCUUGCCCUAUUUAGUCUCCAGUGAUCAUUGCUGACCAUGCUGUAGAGAAAACUGUGUCCUUCACAAGCAGAGGUAAAAUAGACAACCUAAAUACUCUAAGAAUGACGCCUUCAAAAGAUUACCCAGGGCACAAAGCCAGGCCCUGUGACACUGCAGUGCCACCAUCAAUCCACAUGCUGAUUUUUUUUAAUUGAGUUUAUAUGGCUUUUCCUUUGUCCUUUCCAUAAAAAACAAGCCAAGCUGUAUUGAGGAUACAGUGAACAGGUUUUAAAUUCACAAGAUUUAAAAACAAAGACAAUGUAGCAAGAUAGACAACUUGAACUUUUAUUGUUGAAAAGUUAUUUAGAGUAUUUGAAAACCACAAUUUUGGGUUAACAAAGUAUUUUUGUUAUUUUAUAAUUUUAAACAGUAUACAGAAGGUUGAUGAAGAUUAUGUGAAUAGUUUAUAAUAAUUACUAAAAACUGUAGCUCUUUAAAAUAGCUUUAUAUAUAACAAGAAAGGUAAUCUAUUUUUUAUGUAACUUCUAGGCAGCUUAAAUUUUCUUUUUUAAAUUUUUGAAUAGUAAACACACUGACUAUAGAGUCCCUGGUGAAGUUUACAGUAAAGUGGAGCCCGGGAUGACGUGACUCAUACACAUGAACAUACAUGACAUGUUCAGCGUGCCUCAGCGCCUGGGCACUGCCACUGGAAAUGCGUGUUCAGAGGAGCUGAGUCAUUGUAAGAACUGGACUUUGGAAAACACUAUCGAUGUACUAUGAAAGGCCUGCAAAGAGUCCAGAUACCUAAAGCAGAACUAAACUCCAGCUUGUAUACCAGAACUAUACAGAUAAAGGCAACCACACAUUUUAAAGCGGUUUGAGAUCACUAAUAAAAAACAGCACUCAAAUUACCUUCUCUCCCUUUGGUAGUUCCCAACCACACGAAGCGCUACUUGUAUUUAAUAAAUUGAAGGGAAGGAAGUCCUUGUUAAAUGAUCUUCAGUUUUACAAAGUGGGAAAACUAAAGGAUAUUUUUGAGAGUUAAUCUUACUAGCACCAGAAUAGCUUCCAAAGGAAACAGAACUCACUUAGAGGACAUUUUAAAAAACAGGAAAAUAAAUAUUCUUCCCCAGAAACUUGCAUUUCCUAAAAAUAGGAAUAUCCUUGAAUGAGGAGUAUAGGGAGAGGUUAAUUUUCAUAGUCAGGUAUUUAAGAAUACCAUAUGAUGAGUUAUAUAAUUUUAAAUCACACAUUUCUCUUAAAGAAAAGACAUUAAAAAUUUCCAUCUAAACUUAGAAAUAGCUUUCAUAGUCAGUAUUUCGUGUAUGUUUUCUGACAACACACUAUGGUGUAGAUCUGAUGUUCAUUUUUGAGAUGAAAACUAUGGUUCUGGGACAUAAAGGGACCCUGAUCUGGUGAAGGGGCAAAGUCUAAGCGGAGCGCUAUCUGCUCCACGGCAAUUCUGAAAUGGCAGCUAUCAAACGCCCCACUGUGUGUCAGACCACACAAGACGGCUCAGUAUGCCCUUUACCCCUUAACCACUGUACUGAAUUCUACCUAGCAUCUCUCUAGGUUUUCUUUAAAACCUGUUAAGGUAAAACUGUUUGCAUAAGUAACUUUAAGAACAAAAUACUGAAAUGGAAAUGGCUUCCAGAUUUCCUAAAUAGAUGUAGGAAUGGAGAUUAAGAAAAUACGCAUUUUUGCCACCAGCACAAUUUUGAUGGUGGGUGAAUACCUAAUGCAUCACUUAGUUUGUAACCCAGUUAUAGAAUAAGAAAAAAAUAAUUAUACUGAGUAAUUCUACCUUUUAGACAAUCAUGUUGAGGCUUGGUCUUAUUUCUACUGCUUUUUACUGGGUAACGUUAAAGACAAGUGACCGUUUCUCUUUGUAAAUAUGAUAGAAAAGAUAAAAACUUCAAAGAAAUACAGAGUGACGGUUUUAGCCAAUGCUCCUCUCCUAGAGAAGGAUUUGCUUGUUGUUAGUUUUCUAUUUCAGGGACAGUAACCCACCCAUCAAAUCAAUUCGUUUAAGCAGGAAACCGUUCUAGCCACCGCGUGUUUCUUACC